ACACGAGAGUGUCCAGUUUGUAAGAGAAGACACUCAAAUGAAAAACUGCCUCCUAACUUUGCCUUAAAGAGGCCGUGUGAGCGUCUCUUACAGGAGAGAGAUCAGAGAGCUUCAGAGGCUCUCUGCAGUCUGCACUCUGAGAAACUCAAACUCUUCUGUCUGGACCAUCAGCAGCCGGUGUGUGUCGUCUGCAGAGAUUCAGAAAAACACAGCGACCACAGAUUCAGACCCGUCGAUGAAGCUGCACGACAACACAAGAAGAAACUUCAGGAGACUCUGGAGCCCUUAAAGGAGAAGUUAGAGGUUUUUGAAGAAGUCAAAGUGAAGUCUGAACAAACAGCAGCUCACAUUCAUGUCCAGGCCCGACGCACAGAGACGCAGAUUAAGGAGCAGUUUAAGAAGCUCCACCAGUUUCUGGAGGAGGAAGAGGAGGCCAGGAUGGCUGCACUGAGGGAGGAAGAGGAGCAGAAGAGUCAGAGGAUGAAGGAGGAGCUGGAGGCUCUGAGCAGAGAGAUAGCGGCUCUUUCAGACACGGUCAGAGACGCAGAGGACGAGCUGAGAGCCGAAGACGUCUCCUUCCUGCAGAGAUACCAGGCUGCGGUGGACAGAGUCCAGCAGCGCCUCCUGCUGGAGGAUCCACAGCUGCUCUCAGGAGCUCUGAUAGACGAGGCCAAACACCUGGGCAACCUCACCUUCAACAUCUGGAACAAGAUGAAGGACAUGGUCUCCUACAGUCCUCUGAUUCUGGACCCAAACACUGCUGAUCCAGAACUCAUCCUGUCUGAGGAUCUGACCAGUGUGAGAGCAGGAAAGAGACAGCAGCUUCCUGAUAAUCCAGAGAGGUUUGAUUGGUACUGGUCUGUCCUCGGCUCUGAGGGCUUUAACUCAGGGACACACAGCUGGGACGUCCAGGUCGGAGACAGUAAACUCUGGUCACUGGGUGUGUUAGCAGAGUCUGUCCAGAGGAAGGGAUUCAUAGAGUCUGGAUUAUGGAGAAUAUUGUUUUUUAAUGGUAAAUACUCAGCUCUCUCUUCAUCAGGUCCAAAAACUGCUCUCGUGGUGCAGAAGCAGCUUCACAGGAUCCGAGUGAAUCUGGACUGGAACGGAGGAAAGCUGUCGUUCUCUGAUCCUGAUACUAACACACACAUACACACCUUCACACACACUUUCACUGACAGGGUGUUUCCAUAC